AUCGAUAGAGCGCGCCAGCUGCACUUCUGUGGCUCCUCGGGUCACCACGGAACGGAAUCUAUCCAGUGUUCAACGGCAGGGCAGAACUCGGAGCACAGAAAGCCAUGCGAAUCCGUUCCGUUGUGAUGCUCUGAGAAACGUCUGAAUCGGAUCGGCUUGUUCAGGACGUGCUCGCGGCGACGCGUCGUUUUACGGGGCUAGUUCGCUUCGCGGCCGCGACCAUGAGUGCGACAAAAUCCGCGAGUGUUGUGCUCUCGCUGUGCCUCAGUGUGGUGCUUGGGCUGGCGACCGCCUCUGGAAUAUCUGAUCUGGAACUGUCCAAACUGUCCGGUGGAAUCAGUGACGGCGUUCCUCGUCUUGAUCUACCAUCGCUUGAGAGUGGCUACCAUGGACUGGUUCAAGAGAACGAGACCACUGUCGAAGUAAAACCAAGCAUCAGGGCUAUCGGAGCUGAAAUCUGCAGCUUCAGGAUUGUCAACAAGCACCAUGGCGAUGCUCCUUUUGAUAUCAUUUUGAAGGAGGAUGGUGAAGGCGAAGUGCAGCUGAAGCCUCACAGGACCCUCAACUGUGAAAAGCGGAAGAAUUACAGGUUUGACAUUGCAGCAGUGAGCUGCUCUGGAGAAGUCUCUGAAAACGCUACUCUCCACAUCACCGUCAUAGACAUCAAUGAGUACGCUCCAGUCUUCCUGCAGCCCUCAUAUGUCUACCAAGUGGACGAGGGUCGCCUGUAUUCAGAGAUUGUGCGAGUGGAGGCCAAGGACCGGGAUUGCACCCCCAAAUUUGGCGACAUUUGCAAAUAUGAAAUCCUCACCACCGAGCAACCCUUCACCAUUGACAAUGAAGGUGUCAUUCGCAACACCGAGCCUCUGGACUUCGAGAAGAGCCACAACCACAUCCUCUCCGUGGUGGCUUACGACUGCGGGAUGAAGCAGUCAGUCCCUGUCAUGGUCACAAUCAAGGUCAACCGCGUGUGCCGCCUCGGCUGGAAUGGUAUCCCUGAGCGCAUCGACUAUGCCCCCAGCUCCGGCCGAGUGGACCUGUUCCCCUCGGCAGAGCUGCAGCUGUGUGACGUUCCCUGCCAGGUGCGCCAGGUUGACGCUCGCGUCGCGCUCACCACCGCCCACAUUGGCAAGGGGUGCGACCGCGACACUUACUCGGUCGCGAGUCAGCGCAAGCUGUGUGGUGCCAGUCAGGACAGCAUUGAUCUGCUCCCAAGCCCAGCGUCCGGAGCAGAAUGGACAAAGAACUUGCAGACGGAUGAGGGGCAUGAGGGAGACCAGAUGUACGAAUUUGAUGGCGUGACAUCUGCUCUUGCUGUGCCCCCAAGCGUCCUGGAUCACACUUUGGCCUCAACCUUCACAAUGUCGACUUGGAUGAAGCACAAGCCGCAGCCUGGUGCUGAUAAGCACAUGAAGGAACACAUUAUCUGCUCAGCUGAUGAUCACAAGAUGAACCGUCAUCAUUAUGCCUUGUUUGUGAGGAACUGCCGCCUUAUCCUGCUACUGAGGAGAGAUUUCUCCGAUGAUGACCCCAACACUUUCAGACCUGCUGAGUGGCGUUGGAAGCUUCCUCAAGUCUGUGAUGACAUUUGGCAUCAUUAUGCUGUUGAGGUCAAGUUCCCAGAUGUCCAGUUGUAUGUUGAUGGCCAGCUCUUCAAAACUGAAAGGAAGAACCCCGAAAUCAUUGAUGACUGGCCUCUGCACCCAACUAAGGGCAUUAACACCACUGUAACUGUUGGAGCUUGCUGGCAAGGUUCUGAAAACAAAAUGAAGCACCACUUCCAUGGAUACCUUGCUGGCCUUUCAGUUCUCUUACAUCGUACUGAGCGACCUGAAGUCUUGACUUGUCUCCACAAGUGCAAGGAGAGUCUUGAAGUGCCGGCCAUGGAAUUGCUGGAACCGGGCAUGGAGCUUCUCACUAACAGUGACCUCACUGAGCUUUCCAUCAAGGGUGACAACAAAACAAACUUGGAGGUUCUCAUGCGACGUGUAGGUUACACCAACUCUCGGGAAUUCCCUACACCAGGCCGCCGCAACCUGCACAUUUCUACAACUAUCACCUGUGACCAUGGAAAGGUGAAGAAGGUUCCAAGCCUUGAAAGCUAUGUGAUGGUCCUUCAACCUCAGGAACCCACCAUUUCUAUCAAUGGCACUUCUAACUUGGCCCGUGACUAUGAGGACUUCCGUCAGGGAGUUCGAGUUUUCACUGAUGUGCAUGUCACUGUUGGUGCUGUCAGUGGUAAUAAACACAGCCAUGAUACAAGUGGUGUUGAGAAGAAGCUUGACUCCUGCUCUGUCUCUGUGUACCCAUCUUUGAACCCAGAUCAUGAAACACUGUCUCUACCAGAAAACAUGCUGACACAGUUUGGUGUUGUUGCUAAGGUGAACAAGGAUGGUGUGAUUGUGUCUGGAGCUGAUUUAAUCUACAACUAUGAACAGAUCUUGAGGCAAAUUCAAUACACCAAUCGCAAACCUGCCUACUACUUGAACCGGGUUUUCAAACUUAUUUGCUCAGAGCUCAAUGGACGAUUUUUGAGCAAUGAGUAUGUCCAGACUCUUACAGUGAUUCAUCCUCGUAUGACUGGCAGCAAGAGCACAGAAAUGCCUCAUGCGGCUAACAAGCACGACCACGAUCAUUUGGAUGUACAUGAGAAGAAGGCCAGCCACGAUCAUGCUCCUCAGCCUGCGCAUGCUCAUGUUGACCGGCACCAUGUUGAAUUGCAUCCUGCACAGGUGUCAGAUGAGCACUCUUUGAUGGACGGCGUCCAGGCUGUCACUGGAGCAAGCCAUGCUGUUACCAUCAUCAUUGUAGUUUGUGUUGGAUUCCUUCUCUUCAUGAUUGUGCUUGGAGUGAUUCGCAUUCGUGCUGCACACCACCGUGCUAACCAGGAAGAAAUUGCUGACACAGAGAUGGCAUGGGAUGACUCUGCUCUCACAAUCACUGUGAACCCUAUGGAGCAGUUGAAUGGAUCUUCUCCUUCAAAUGGCCAGGGACCAGCUUCUGCUGGCGGAAGAGGUCGAGGGGAGCACUGUGAUGAUGACGACUCCUCUGAUGAUGGAUCCAGCUAUCGUGAUGACGAUUUAGACUCAACAGAUGAGGAAGAAGAAGAAGUUGAGUCUGGGAAGCACAAGGACCUUGAAUGGGACAACUCUACCCUUGCUAUCUAAAUGUUCCCUGAUGUGCCUUGCCAGGGUUCCAAACCACUAAGUUUGACAUGAAAAAGGAGGCAUAUUGCCAUAUCUGUUAAUUCAAACUUUGAGCCAUAUAGGCAGGCACUUGUUUAUCCUAUUUGUUUGUUUAAAAAUUGGGCUCUUGAUGAGCUGUAUGUUUCUUUCUGUAAUGGAUGAAAAAGAUUGUGGCAGCUGUGUGCAGGCUGUGGACCUCUGCUCACACUUGUGGCAAUGAGGGAAACAUUUUGGAUGUGAAACUUUCUAUUGAUUGUGUCACUCUUAAUUUUACACAGCUAUCACAAUCCCAUUGUCUUUCAGUCUUUAGCUGUUAAUGUAAAUCUGAAUCUUUUCUAUUGAUUUCAUUCAUUUUCUGUUUGUUUUCUAAAAGUAUUUGUGUGUAUGAGAAUUGUAGGAGCAUUGUGUAUGGAGACUUCCCAUGGAACUGGUCUUUUCCUCCUGUUUUCUUCCUUUAUUUUUUGCGAUUCUUGUAUGAAAGAAAAUGAACACUCAUGGAACAAACAGACCUUUCAGACUCCCUUCCAGAUUUUGGAACUGGUCUCUGUUUUUAUUUGUACUUGGUUUAUUAUUGGACGUCCAAGUAAUUAAUUCUUAUCGUUUUUAUUACUCUGACCACUUUACAAGUAUUAUAAAGUUAACUAAAAUAUUUUGAAACAUCCAGUUCCAUUCUGGAAGUGGAAAGUCUGUGUACGCAAUAGUUUGUUUUCAAGCACCUAGGCAGCUGCUAAGCUUCUUAACUAUCCUCACAUGCUUACAUUAUUUUAAUUUUGUCAUUGAUUAUUAUAUAUGUCUAUGGCUUCGUCCUGAGCAGCAUUUUGCAUUCUUUAUUCAUGGUAGCAGCAUAUUGUAUUAUUUUUUUAUGAAUUGAAUCAAGAUAUAUUUUGUAAUGCUGAAGAGACCCUUAUUAUUGGGUUCAGUUGAGUCCUUGAUUCCGCCCUAGAAAGUAUUAAUGGUUUUUGUUGAACAAAGAUAUUUUAAGUGCCAUAGGAAGGAUAUUUUCUUUCACCAAUCUCCCAGUGUUCAUCGUUAGGAUUAAGUUAGCUUUUUGUGAGAAAAAGUUGUACAAAGUAAGUGUAAGCAACUCUUCUUUGGCAACUGAUAUUUUGCAUUUACAUUGAAAUUAAUGAUAAUUUAUAAUUGUGCACAUGAACUGUCUUUUAAAGAAAGUCUUUAAAGUAUCUGUUAUGAUUUGCUUUUGACUGCACAAGUACCUACAAGCUAAGCAGUGGAAUGGUUGUACAUGGUAUUAGUGUUGGAUGUGUAAUUUUUUUUCCUGAAAGUUAAUUUCUUUGUGUGCAUUUUUCCUUAGUUAAGUUAUAGGCUAUUUUGCAAUUUUCUCUCAAGCAAUUUUCCACACCUUUGUUUCUGUGUAAACGUUAAGGAAGCACAUACAAAUUUAUGUAAGCAUAUUCAGAUGUUUAUGUUUACAUAUGUAAUCUUUCAUUGUUCCUAACUUUGGCACAAUCUUGCCGUACAACAGUCUGCCAUUCUUUGUUGCAAUUUUAAUUAACAGUAUUGGUAUUCAUUGGGUGAGGAUGAGUAGCUUACACAUAACACAAGCUGGUUCUUUUCAGAAGUUUGUUUUAUUAAUGUAUGCAUAUCAUUCGUCUAAUGUCCCUCACUCUUAUAGAGCUUUUUUUCUUCCUUUCUUUUUUUUCCAAUGGGAAUGUAAAAUAGUUUUUUAUGACAAUAUUGAAUUAUAUUCACGUAAUGAGGUGGUACGUUGUGCUACACUCAGUUAUCCGAUCCAAUGCACCUGUCGCCAUACUCCCAAUGCAGUACUGUGAGAGUUUGUGAAUGAGAGAAACGAUUAGCUAAGUGUGAAAAAGAUGAAUGAGUGUGUGUUUAAAUGGUUUAAGUUCAGGGGAGAAGACGUGAUAAGACCGUUGAUAACGUUAUUAUGUAAAUGAACGCUUCUAUAUUGUCUUAUAAUUUUGAAGAUUUAAAUCCUUUUGUGUGGACUAUAUAUGUACUUUGCGAGAAGAAUAAGUCAGUCUUCUCGACUUGCUGCCUUGUCUCAACUAUCCAUUGACUGAAUGGCUUUGUUGAAAGGCAGUGCUACAUGCCGCUGAACUUUCCUUUCAUCUUGGUGAGUGAGGAAAUAAAAAAUGGAAGUAAGUAAGUGAGGGAGGGGGAAAAAAGAUAAAAGAGAUUUUUAAAGAAGUAAAAUUGGUAGUGGGAUGAUUGGUUACCAUGGUGUGUCAUUUGAACCACCUUGUUUUUCUGUCCCACUGACCGUAUUGAACAUUCCAUCUUCUACCCUUGAUCAACAUAAUAUUGCAUAUUUUUUUAAAAUAACCUUGUCUGUCUGGGGGCUUUUCUUUUUGUAUAAAUAACAGUUUAUUCUAAGGUGGUGUUUUGAUGUAGAGUAGUGUAGAUGUGCUUCUUCACACUGACUCUGCACGUUGGUAGUGUUUUAGCUCCUCUGUCCUUUGUUUUGUUGUCUUCCUAUUGGUUGUUGUUUACUUACCUCUUUAUUUAGUGGAGGACACUCUUGUGCCCUCUUGACAUGUACUUAACUUUAACUUUUAUACUUUUUACUGAAUCUCUUUUCUGUUGAAUCUUUAUUCAUGUGUUUGAGGUUUUUGAGAUUUUGAAAGUACAGAUUUCAAAAGUUACUUAGGUCAAUGGUCCCAACUAGGAUGGAAAUGUUAAAACUGCUGUUAAAUUUGAGUUAUUAGGCGUUUUAUGACUUUUAAGAUGAUUCUGAUUUGUUGGUCUAACUUGAAUUGUUACAUUGAUGCUGACUAGCAUACCUCAUAGUUUACCAAGGCAGAAAGACUGGCUCAUGACAGGUACUCUUUCUGUAGCCUUGAAGAAAAUAUCAGGAUUGUUCUGUCACCAUGAAUGCUUUGCAACAUUGAUUUUCCUAAUCAACUCUUCAAACGUGUAAAUUAACAGUACUAAAUAAUCAUGGUUUGGUUCCCUGUGUUGGGUUGCAAUUGUUGAAGUGAUGUUAUAACUUUAUUUACUGCAGAGUUUUAUGAAUUUUGUUUUCUGGUUCCCUGUACAAAGCUUAUUGGUACCAUACUGGUUAGACAACAUGCUGAUGCAGGCUUGACACAGUGGGCCUCACUCCCCUCACAGCGUGUAAAUAAUCAACCUUUGAUAUCCUUUUAAGUGACACAUUAUGUCGUGAUGUUGCGUCCAUCCUCUCACCUGUAGACAUUGAACAUUCACUAGUGGACAGUUAAAUAAGCAGCGCCGCUACCAUUACUGCCAUGUGUCUGAUAAAAGAUAUUCAUUUUAUGUUAAUUUUGAUUACAAUUUUUUUUUUCCUUGCCGUCUUUUCCUGAAGUCAAGAUUCAAGGAAUGCGUUGACACACUUGCUUCUAAGGGUGCAAUACAUAAAGAUGAAUUUUGAAAUGUCACCUUUCUUCAGUAACCAUACUGUUGUAAUUGGUAAUGAACUGGUCCAAUAUAUGGUAACUGAUGUGUAACUGUUAGGGGUAAAUGUGAUCAUAAAAAAAGACAGCAAAUAUGACUUUUUUUUUCUUUAUCCAUAUAGUUGUAAGUCUUCUUAUGGAACAAAUGGACUGCUGACGAAAUUCAUCAUUGCUUUGGUUAGGUAAAGUAGGAUUUUGUGGGAAUGGCCUUCGUGUACUUAAAUAAUUGGUCCUGCCAGCUUGGAUUAGUAAUUUCUCAGAAUCUAAAGUUUUAACUCAGAAAGGAAGCUGUAAAAGUAUUUGGCUGUAAUUGUAGUGGCGCAACUUGGUGUUACGGCACUGAUAAGCUAAAUAAAUGUCCAUGCCCUCUGUCCAUACAUCCUUGGAUGUGCAAUGCAGUAGCACACAUGCAGUAUUUGUACUAUGUAUUGUAUUGCAAGUAUUCUAAGUAAGAGUCAAUGUGGUAAAUGAAUUUUAUGUCUUGGAUACUCAAAACAACAAUAAUAAUGAUAGUGAUGUAUCACCUAAUGUUGUUUAAUAAAAAUCCCACACCUUUAAAAAUGAUAAA